ACAACUUGGGAAAAAACGCCUUUUGUUUGACAGAUUUCUGCUUUCUGUGUACUUUUACUACACUGAAUUAAGCGCUACUUCUUUUCGUGUCAGUAGUGAAGUAUGCUACUGUAGGCGUGGGAUACUUUACACGCUGUUUUUAUUUUAAAACUGUUCCGUGUCUUUGGUAUGAAUAACUCGGUAACUUCCGCUACUUACCUUCGUAACAUCGGCUACAGUUUACGUCGUCAGUUGUCAGAUUUCCUCGAUCCUCAGGAGAGAUGGAGGGAAGUGUGUGUGUCCAUACGGAAGCCGAGUGGAGAAAUGAGGUAUACGCAACUCCACCUCAGGAGGUUUGAAGGGGUUGUUGCACAGAGGAAAAGUCCAACCAUGGAGCUGCUGAAUGACUGGGGAACCACUAACAGCACAGUGGGGGACCUCGUGGACAUUUUGAGGAGCCUCAAGUUAUUUGCUGCUGCUUCUCUUCUGCUCCCUGACACCGUGGGAGUAGUUGGCUCAGAGGAGACACAGAUCCUUCCCUCAGCAGCAACACACUGUGAAUUUCCAACAACACCACUGGAUAUGAAAGCAACACAGCUGAUGUCGCCUGUCAUCCCCGUUCAACCCCUGCAGACCUCUCCAAAGCUCAGAAGUCAAGAUAAACAAGGUUUCUACAGCUUCACAUACGAAGAACUGAUGGAGAUUACUGGUAACUUUGACGACCGGCCCGUGUCAGGUGGUGGCGGCAGACUCGGAGAAGGAGGUUUUGGCACCGUGUAUAAAGGCCUUAUAAAUGAAAAACCUGUGGCUGUGAAAAAGCUCACUCCAAUGGAGGACAUUUCAGUAGAUGAGCUGCAGAUUCAGUUUCAACAAGAAAUUCAAACCCUGAAGGUGCUGAAACAUGAAAAUCUGGUGGAUUUGAUUGGAUUUUCCUGUGAUGGACAACAUCCAUGUUUGGUUUAUGCCUUCAUGGCCAACGGUUCUUUGCUGGACCGUCUAGCGUGCCUAGACAAUAGUCUUCCUCUGACCUGGAGACAGAGAUGCUCCAUAGCUGAAGGGACAGCGAGAGGCUUAGAAUAUUUGCACCGCAACCAUCACGUCCACAGAGAUGUGAAAAGUGCGAAUAUUCUGUUAGAUGAAACAUUAAUGGCCAAAAUCUCCGACUUUGGCCUCACAAGAGCAUCAACCAAAGGAACGUCAACAACCAUGAUGACAGAGAGGAUUGUGGGUACUUGUGCAUACAUGGCACCUGAGGCUCUGAGAGGAAAGAUCACACCAAAGUCAGAUAUCUUCAGCUUCGGAGUGGUGCUUCUAGAAAUAUUGUCUGGACUCCCGCCAGCCAAUGAGAACCGAGAGCCACAGUUUUUGAUGGAGUUCAGGUACGAUAUUGACGACGAAAGCGAGGAUCUGACUCUGGAGGAAUUCAUAGACAAAAAGAUGAGCGACUCGGAGCUGAGGCAGGUGGAGACCAUCUACUCAUUAGCUUGUAACUGCCUCAAUGACAGGAAGGACAGACGGCCAGUCAUCCAACAGGUUCUGUCAGAAAUUGAAGGCGUCGUUGAAAGCAUUUCAACAACUUUUCACACAUAACGAAGGAAACUUCUGGAAUGAACAGAAAAAUAUUGAAAUGUAAUUUUUUCUGAUAUUUUACAGGCGUUGUUUUUGCACUAUUUUUGUAUUUCAUGUACUGUUUUGCAAUACACCAAUGUAAUUUAAACACCACGCAGAAGAAGGGCGUUCGGUGGAUUUACAGCCUUACAGCUAAAAGAUCAACAGUUUGAUACUUGUUGGUAACUGACCGUCUUUCAGUAUGGAGUUGGUGAACUUUGGUAUCCACCAACACAACUAGGUUAUUUAAUUUCUCUAAAUUGACUGAGUAUGAGUGUGAAUGGCUGUUUAUCUCUAAGCUCUAUGUGUGAUGGACUGAUGCACGGGCCACAGAUGGCUGCUGGGAUUGGCUCCAGCUUCCCUCUGACUCGAAAGGGAUUAAGAUGUAGGAAAUGAAUGAAUAAUUUAAUUAUAAACAUUGGAAUUGGAAUCGCUGUAAAAUAUGGUUAGAGAACUGAACAUUAUUUGUGUGUUUGUCUGGUAUCCUCAUUUUUCUUUCCAGAAAUGCAUUUUAAUUAAAAAAAAGCAAC